AUGACGAGGACUGAAGAUGAGUUCAGUAGAGGCGAUUUGCUUUACGUGCCCAAGGGUACCUUGAAUGCCGCGGCCUUGAACCUGAUCGAUAGCUGUGUGCACAAUCUCAUACAGAUACAUUUUGUCGACCAGCCCGAUUCCCCUGCCAUUCAUAGCUGGGACGGACGCUACACAUACGGCGAACUGGAUGAGUUGUCCGCAGGUGUGGCAUCUCAUCUGAGAGCCCAGGGCAUCGGUCCGGGUGACUUUGUGCCUCUAUUAUUCGAAAAGUCCAAAUAUACCCCGGUUGCGCUUCUUGGAGUUAUUCGCACUGGGGCAGCAUUUGUACUUCUUGAUGCCUCGCAGCCGGAAGAUCGACUGAAGGGAAUAUGUCAUGAUGUGAAUGCCAAGAUCCUGAUUGCCUCCAGUGAGAAGACCGCCAUGGCUGCAAAAUUGGCACCAAGGGCCGUGACAGUCAAUGCCACACAUCUCGCAGCCUGGAAAAUAAAUGAGCAUCCUGAUGGAGAAUUCAUAGCCAGUGUGACACCAAAUAGCGCACUCUAUGUUGUAUUUACCUCUGGCUCAACAGGGAGACCCAAGGGUGUGGUCAUGGAGCACUCGGCAUUCUGUACGAGUGCUCUAACCACAGGGCUUGCAUUUGGGUUGAACAGAAAGUCAAGGGUCCUUCAGUUCUCAUCUUAUGCUUGGGAUGCCUCCAUCACGGACCACUUGGUUACGCUGAUUCUUGGGGGGUGCGUUUGCAUCCCGUCUGAUUCUCAAAGAAAAGGCGACCUCUCUUCAUUGGUGGAUGAUUUACAGUGUACCUGGGUGGGAACCACGCCAUCCGUUGCUCGAUUGCUUGACCCAGAGCGUGUCCCAAGUCUUCAGGUUCUCGCCCUCGGUGGAGAGGCAUUGUCUUCCGAGCUCAUUCGAACGUGGUAUCCACGUUUCAAAGUGGUCCAGGGAUAUGGCCCAGCUGAAUGUGCAGUUGCGGUAUCGGUCCAUUCAUCCAUGAGCGACAGCACCCCUCCUAACAAUAUCGGGCAUGUUACAUGUGCUAUUGGCUGGGUGGUUGACCCAAAUGACCACAACAUCCUUCUCCCGCUUGGAGAGAAGGGUGAGCUGAUUGUUCAAGGCCCAAAUGUUGGUCGGGGCUAUCUCGGACGUGCAAAGGAGGCAAAAUCCUCGUUCCUCGACCCCCCCGAGUGGCUUUAUAGACAUGGAAAGAUAUCCUAUGGGCGAUUAUACAAGACUGGUGAUAUCGUCCAGUAUUCUCCAGAUGGAUCACUGCGUUUCUUCGGUCGAGCAGACAACCAAGUGAAGAUCCAUGGACAGCGCGUUGAGUUGGGAGAGAUUGAAAGCAAGCUAAAGCAGGCCCUCAGGGAGCAAUCUACGACCGUGGUGGAGUUAAUCCAUCGGAAGAAUGACUUGUCUCCGAUACUUGUCGGAUUUGUCUACAGAGAGACUCAAAAUCCAGUGCAGCAGCCUAGCCAACACCCCCGCGGGCUCUUUCUACUCCCAGAUGCUAAAUCCCAGACGGAUGCUCGCAGAGCACAUGCUUCCUUGUCGGCUGUACUUCCUUCGUAUAUGAUACCAUCGGACCUAUUUUUCAUUUCCCAUAUUCCAAUGACACGAACGGACAAGGCUGACCGUCGGAAAAUUCGAACCUAUGCGGAAUCCCUUUCAGCUGAAGAUCGCAGAAUCUAUGGUACGCUCCUCAGUCAGACCAAGAACGUGCCUUCCUCGCCUGAAGAACAGUCCCUGCUAUAUAUUUGGGCCUCGAUCUUGAAGUUGAAUCCUGAUCAGAUCGGCGUCGAGGACAAUUUCUUUCACCUGGGUGGUACGUCUAUGUCUGCCAUGAGCCUCACUAGCGUGUCUCAUAAGAGAGGGCUCCCAAAUUUCUCGCCGUUGUUAGUCUUCAAGCACCCAACGAUCCGGGCGAUGGCAAGAGAAUUGAAAAAGCCCGGGGCAUUAAACUCUUCUGUUGGGACGUCAACAUCAUCGAGCUACCACCUAAAGCAAUCUAUCGUGCAUAAUCUUGCAUGCUAUGGUCCUCUGAAAGGCAAGGACAUCAUGGGCGAUGUUGUCCCUGUAACAGAGUUUCAGAAGGAGUGCCUCCAGGGACGGCCAUUGUUUCUGACAUUAGAGAUACCUCCAGUCAAUCACGGGCGAUUAGAAAAUGCAUGGAAUGCUGUCCAACAGAAACAUGCCGUCCUCCGCUCUGUCUACCUUUCCUACGAGGGGGUAACAUAUCAAGCAUUCCUGCGGCAACUUACUACCACAAUUCCGAUAUCCAACUGUGACGGACGACCACUGGUUGAAUUUGUCGCGGAGUUUUGCAAAAAGACUGGUCUAGAGCAAAUCCCAGAGGGCAACUUAUACUGGCGUAUAUGGCGAAUUGAUGGUCCCGAGAGCAGUGCUCUUGUUCUGAGGACUCAUCAUGCUCAAUUCGAUCCAGUAGCUGUUGGGGUUCUCUUGAAUGACUUUGUUGCGGCAUAUGAAGGCCCCUUGAAGCCUGCCCAGAUCGACUUCCCGGAGUACAUGAGUCGCCGUUUACAGCAGAAUGGAUCUCCCCAGGCUCUGGAAUUUUGGGGGAGUUUCUACGAGGGUCGAAAAUUCCCGUUCUCCACGACUCUCGCGUCUAUGACGCCUCCUGUCGGAAUUACGCCAAGCAUGAUAAUGCGUGCUGCCUGGGCCCUUGUCUUAUCUCAGCGCACUGAAAGCGACGACAUUGUUUUCGGGGAGGUUGUGCAUGGGAGAAGCUUCCCCGCCGAAGGUGUCAGCGAAGUAGUCGGGUGCACCGUCGGAGUCUGCCCCAUGCGCAUACAGAUUUCUCGAGUCACAACGGCCAAGGAACUUCUUCUUCAAUGUAAAGAGAGAUACAUUGAAAGAGUCCCCUAUGAGACCGUUGACAUGAAAGUAAUUGCGCGCCAAUGCACAUCAUGGGGACAAUAUCAGCUAAGUAGUAUUGUGAUGGGCGAAGAGUUUGAUGUGACACCUCGCAUAACAUUGGAUGGGAGAGAAUGCCCACAUAAAUAUCAUUAUCCGGAGGGUACUGAGGAUGAGAUGAAAGAAGUCUAUCUUUGGCUCGCUGAUGAGGGUGAAGGCCUAAGUCUUGCCAUGUACAUACCACGGAAUUUGUCCAUGCCACAGUAUGCUGGGGAGAGCUUCAUACGCACAGUGGUGCAGAUCAUGGAGAAAUUGUCCGCCUCCCCUGAUCUGCCUUUGUCUGAGAUAAUGUUGUGA